AUGUUGAGACCGGCAACUCCAUUAACGCUAUUGCUACUCGCAGCAUUCGCAUGUUUGCUCAUAUCGAUUCUAUCGACUCCCAUCAUCAAGUCAAUACCAUUGGCAUCUUUCGAUGGAGUUCAAUUUGGAGUCUUUGGGUUUUGCAAAGGAGACACUUGUAGUAACGUUGAAAUUGGUUACAGUACCGAAAGUCUUUACGAUGCGGAACAAUUGGCAACGUUCGACCUUCCAUCAAAGACCAGAUCAACGUUAUCUGCUAUUCUCAUAGUCCACCCGGUCGCUGCAUUAUUCACACUCAUAAUGCUGGUGCUAGCCAUCGCCGCCCAUUUCCACGCACCUUCCCAUUCUCCUCGGUACCUGUUGGGAAUAUUUAUACUAAGCAUCUUAACAUUAAUUCUCACGCUACUCGCAUUCCUCAUCGAUGUCCUGCUCUUCGUACCUCAUAUGGCAUGGGGCUCAUAUGUUGUGCUUGCUGCUACAGUUAUUAUUGCUGCAAGUGGUAUUGUGUCAUGCGCUAUGCGCCGAACGUUGGUCAGUCGAAAAGCCAGAAAGCGGCGCAUUGAGGAAAAUGCAGAGAUGAACGGGGAGAAUUUCUACAAUCGUCAAGGAACUGAUCCGAUCACCCCGGUAGUGACCGACACCAGUAUCUCCAAAAGUCCGGCAAACGAAAAGUUACCAGAAUUUGCCAUGUUUGAUGCGACUAACAACGACCGGACUAGUGAUGAACGGAUACCUCUGACGACAAGGACUCCAAGCGAAAAUUCUCCUAAUAACAUCCCCAGUGGAUCUAUCAGGAGCCAAGGAAUGGAUGGGUACAACGGACCACCACGAGCAGGAAGCUCGCCUCUUGACCAGUACGGCAACUCGAUAGUAAUGAUGCCGCCAGGAGGAAACGCAUACGAAAUGCAAAACCGGAAUCAUCCUGCUGGACCACCCGGACCGGCGUUAAGCCAUCAGUACUCCAACAAUUCCAUGAAUUUGAGAGGAAGGGGUGGUAUGCCACAAGGACCGCCAGGAAGAGGUGGUUAUGGACCACCAAGAGGCGGAUAUAGAGGAGGCUAUGGAGGACCACCACCAGGCCCGAAUCGUGGAGGGUACGGCUAUGGUCAACCAAGGGGGGGUUAUGGUCCGAGAGGGGGGUAUGGGCCAAGAGGUGGCGCUUACCCGGGUCCUUACAGAGGAGGCAUGAACAAUGGAAUGAUGGCGAUGGGUGGCGGUGGGCGAGCUCCUCCACCUGGAUAUGACGGUCGACGACCAUCUGAUCCUUCAGUGCCUAUGGGUGGAUUUAGAGAUACUUCUCCAGCGCCGCCUGGUGGAUAUGUUGCAUAUAGACCCGAUGAAACAAGACCAAGUAGUCUGCCUCGUGCCGAAUCGCCUCCACCGUUGGAAAAUAUGGAAAAUAUUAGCGUGGUUGGUCAGGCAAUCGAAAUGGAUGCCUCGACAGGAAGUCCGUCACAUCCGCCUCCGGGGUUUGUUGGACAAUUUGGCAAUAUUAGAGAUAGUGAUGGGGAUGUCGCUGGAAUGGUGGGAUUGCAGCAGCAAAAAUUACAACAGGAGCAUGAGACUUCGAUGAGCGAGACGAGUAGGUAUAGCCAAGAUGAAUACGUACCACCAAGACAAGUAUGGGCGGGACCACAAGCAGGUAGAUCAUCACCUUUGAACCAGACCUCGAAACCUGUCGAACUUCCUCCUAGCGAACCUACGCAUAAACGAGGUGACUCGAAUGAUAAUUAUUACGAAGACGUUGACCCACGCUUCGCUGAUCAACUCAGCACAAAUGUCACCCCCCAUCAGUACUCGCCAUUCGAAUUCCUGGCACUUCUUUGA